AUGUGGCAAAUGCGGGACAUUCCAUUUCAGCGCUUCGACCAGUUGUACGAAGGUCCGGAGUUUGCGGACGCCCGCUUCGCCGAGCUGGUGCCAUGGGGCAGAGAUCAGACCUUCACCGGGCUGGCGCAUGGCACUCCGAAGGGCGAGCAUACCCCACAUGGCUGGGGCGUGCUGGAGCAUCACGAGGGCUUCAUGCAGGCCUGCGCCGUCUGGCGAGAUGGGGUCGCAGAUGGGCCGGGCAUGUGGUCCAGCAUCGUGGAGGGCAAGGAGCAGUGUGGCUACGGUGCUUGGGUGCAGGGCAAGCGGCACGGCUACUUUGCCUUGGUGAAAGAAGGCGGCGUUUACGUCGAAGACUACGACAUGGGGGAGCUGAAAAGGCGAAUAAAGUGGAGAAAGGACAAGCUUCAUCUUCAAUGUGCGCGAUGUAGGAUGCUUUUCGUGCCCUGCGCAAACAGCCCAGAGGAGAAGCUCUGCCGCUUCCACCUUUCCAAGAACUGA